AUGAUAGAGACGCUUUUUGGCUAUAAUGCUAUGGAUAAGAACAAUGGUCAAAGACAGAAAGAGCCUUCCUCCCAGGAUCCUUCACCCCAGUUUGUCCAGAUCAUUGACAAAAAGAAAGCACAAAAUUUAUUGAUUCUGUUGCGAGCAUUGAAUGUGACAAUGGAAGAAGUUCGUGAUGCACUUUAUGAAGGACACGAACUACCCUCAGAAUUCCUUCAAACUUUGCUAAAGAUGGCACCAACAUCAGAUGAAGAACUUAAGCUCAGACUUUUUAGUGGUGAUCUAUCUCAACUUGGACCUGCUGACAGUUUCCUCAAGGCCCUGGUUGACAUUCCAUUUGCAUUCAAGAGAAUGGAAGCUCUGCUGUUCAUGGGCUCAUUUAAAGAGGAGCUUGGAACUACUAUGGAGUCUUUUUCUAUUUUGGAGGUAUUAUUGAUCGUAAUCUUAUUCUACGUGCAACUGUAUGUGAUAUGUCAGGUUGCUUGUAAGGAACUAAGAAGUAGCCGGCUGUUCCUGAAGCUUCUUGAAGCUGUUCUCAAAACUGGCAACCGAAUGAAUGAUGGAACAUUCCGUGGUGGUGCACAAGCAUUUAAACUUGACACACUUCUGAAAUUAUCCGAUGUAAAAGGAACAGACGGGAAGACUACACUCUUACACUUUGUUGUUCUAGAGAUUAUCCGCUCUGAGGGCAUAAAAGCCGUCCGAAAGGCAAAAGAUAGCCAGAGUAUAUCCAGUGAUGACCUUCAGGUUAGUACUCAAGAAACAGAAGAAGCUCAAUACCAUGAAAUUGGCCUUCAGGUGGUUUCAAACUUGAGCAGUGAACUUGAGAAUGUAAAAAAAGCAUCAGUUAUAGAUGCUGACAUCUUAACAGGAACCACUGCCAAACUUGGCCAUGGUCUUGUAAAAACACAAGACUUGAUAAGCAAAAACAUGAAGAAUGUGGAGGAAGACAGGGGGUUUUGUGAGACGGUGAGAAGUUUCGUGCAGAAUGCUGAGGCUGAUGUUAAGAAACUGCUGGAAGAGGAGAAGAGGAUUAUGGCUUUGGUGAAGAACACUGGUGAUUACUUUCAUGGGAAUGCUGGGAAGAAUGAAGGCAUAAGGUUGUUCAUAGUAGUACGGGACUUCUUAGUGAUGCUGGAUAAGGUGUGCAAGGAGGUGAGAGACACACAGAAGAGGCAAGCAAAAACAGUAAAACAAGAGAAUACGCGAGGAUCAUCUUCCUCUGAAACACAUCCACCACCUGAUUUUCGACAGCGGCUUUUUCCGGCAAUUGCUGAAAGGAGGAUGGAAGACAUUAGUUCAGAUGACGAGGGUCCAUAG